AUGAACAUGGCUCUUACAGGAGGAACAACUACUACGUCGUCCUUUUCCCUGACCAAGAUUGUUGGUUUCCCUCCUCCUCCGUCUCCAAGCCGUAGUUGUUCUAGGAUUCUGGGUGUCAAGGAAGGCCAAGAAAGAUGGAGAGGUGGCAAUGGCAUGGCUGUGAAGGCCAGGUUUGGGUCUUCCAAGGGUGGUGCUGGGGUCUUGGAGCGCCCAAAGUUUGACCAAUCCCAAUUUGACCCUGCUACCCAGCUUGAACAAGGAGGAGAUAUUGGACGACUCAAGGACAAGAGAGGUAUUGGGAGUGGAGAUAGUUACAGAGUUUUGCUGGUUGAUGAUGUUCGCCACACUGAGAAAUUAGUUGCAAAGGUCGUGCCCCAAGUUGUUCCAUCUGUUACACCUGAUGAUGCAAGAGGACUAUUUCUUAAAUCAAGGGAAAACGGGGUUGCUGUCGUUAUCGUUACAGUAAAGGAACAUGCUGAAUUUUACUCCCAAAUGAUGAUUCGUGGCGGGUUACGAUCAACAAUAGAACCGGAUUCAAAUAGUUCGUGA